CCUCCCUGCUGUGAUGUUGUCGGCCAUGGCUUCAGUUCAGCUGUAUUUGUUUUGAUAUCUCGUUAAUUAGACAGAUUCCAACUGGACGGUGGAUGGGUCGAGCAUAGAAUUUGGAACUUUCCGAUCCUUUAUUGAUGCGAGAUGGAAGCUUUGCUUGAUAAACCUGCAGAAGAACUGCCGGAUGAGAUCAGAGCCGAUGUUUUGACGCUGACCGCCUGCGUUUUCUGCAAAUGCGAUAUCAUCAACUCAUACGAAGAUUUCGUUAGUUCGAAAUUUCUCGAAUGCUGUCACUCCGUCUGCAGAGACUGCAUUGCCAAAUGGGAACAGACAGAGAAAAAACAAUGCCCGGAAUGCCUGAUGGAGGUGGAGAAAAAGUUGUUAGACAAUUUUAUCCUUCAGGAGAUGGUAGAUGGAACAGUGAUAGCAAAGAAAAAUAUAGGAUUUUGUGGUGUGCACACAUCAAAUUUGACGACUCAUUGGUGCUACGGAUGUGGUGACUCAAUUUGCGAAGAAUGCAUCAAGUACCAUAGUCAAUUAAAGGAGACAAAAUCUCAUGUGAUCAAGACAAAAGAGGAACACUGGAAUGACCCUUGUUUGAGAUACAUGUGCAAAACACAUCCUAAGGAACCACUCCAAUUAUUUUGCUUUACGUGCAAUCUUUUAACAUGCCGUGACUGUCAGUUGUUCAUACAUCGUGACCAUUCUUACGACUUUGUCACAGAUAUUGUCGAUAAGGCUAAAGUUGAACUCCAUAAGGAGAAUGUAUCACUAAGAUACUUUUUAAAGAUUUUAGAAGCUGCUGUGCCAAUAAUGGAAGAAAGGAAACAAUCUCUUCUUGAAGAAAGUGAACAGAUUAAAAAACAAAUUAACGACUUAGCUACUCUGCUGAUUGCAAAAAUCAACAAGAAGAAGCACACACUUUUGUCACGAGUUAGGGCAAUCGCAAAAACCCAGACUGAAAUAUACGAAUUGAAGCAGAAAGAAGUGAAAGAAAAAAUGAAGACCAUUAAACAUUGCACCUGUUUCACAACCAACGUUUUGUGCAACAGUUCUGAUUGCUCUAUUGUGCAGUCCAAAGAGCAUAUUUUACGACAUAUCGGCAAAAUCAAAGACCUAAACUUGGUAGUUCCAAAUCCUUGUUGCAAGAAGGUUGUCAACUUUAGAGACAAUACAAUUGAUAUUGUACCAGCUCCAAGAAGACAUGGACCAGUUCAAGGUACAGUCGGGACAGUUUCUUUGAAGGAUUAUUAUGACUUGAAUAUUACAAGUAUCCGUGAGCAAAUUAUGAACAACAUGAAACGGGCUAAUGACAUUGGGAAGCCGUGUGAAGUUAAGAUAAAAGAAGAGCCAAAGAAUUUCGAAGAACAGAUGGUUACAGAAAAUUCUACACUGGAAAGAGAUGGACCUACAAAUGUAUUUAAACCUUAUGAGAAUGCAGUUCAAAUAAAUAAAAAUACAAAGGGAGCCAUAACAAAUUUGAACAGCGGAUUGGGCUCAGUUAAUAUAAACAGAAAUAAUAGUUCUACAAAUUUGGACCAAAACAAGAGCAAAGUUCCUGUUAAUGCUUUGAAAAAUCUAGUAGAUAACUCCAUAGCUAUAAAUCGGCCUGUAAUUGUCAAUAGAAACAAGGGAACAACAGGCAGACAGAGUUUGGACGGUAAUUCAAAUAACAUUACAAAUGCAAAUGAUGCAUUUGUUAAUAUUAGUAGAAAUCCAACUGAUGAAGUUACAAUUAGCAAGCAGAACGAAGUAAAAUUUCCCGCUAUUAAAGUUGUUAUAAAACAGGAAAAUGCACCCGCCAGUAACUUUGUUGAGGGUUCAGUGCUUAUCCAUAGAAACAGUCCAGUGAUGAUCAAUAAAAUUCCUCUUAAUGGGCCAGUCAGCAUAACAAGAAAUGUAGGUGAUGGUCCGUCUUCUCGACCGAAUAGCGUGGAUAAUAAUUCAAUAAAUUCAAAUAACAAUAGGAAUAUCUCUCCAAGUAUGAAUCAAAAUGUCAAGGAUUGUUUAAAUAGCACAAAUCAUAAAAAUAUAAAUGAACCUUAUGUCAAUAUUAAUAAAACCAGUGGUGGUUCAGUGUCUAUUACACGAAGUACAGGGGAAACAAAUGUCGAAUCUACUCCAAUUCUUAACAAUCUUCUUAACACUCAAGUAAAACAGUCACUUGUGCCAAAUAACGCAGAAGAAAUGUUAAACAAAAGUAUCAAUCAAGCAACAGCCAAAACAAAUAAGGAUAUCGACAUGAGUAUUGUCAAAACAGAAAAUCCUACAAAUGAAAUUCUGACAUCAGAACAGUCUAAGUCACUGAAUCAGAUACCAGAUGAGAUAUUCAAAUUGCUCCAAGGGGAUGAAAUGCCACUGGAUUUUGGAGAAUUCAACAACCCUGAACAGACCCAGCCGCCUACAACACAGAUAUACACUCAACCAAAUGUAACUUCUUCACAACCUAACACACAAGUUAAUGAACAUAUUGGACAAAUUAGGCCUGUACAAACUUCCACAUUAAUAAAAGAAGAUCAUCAAGAAGAUUCACGCUUAAUUUUGAGGAAUCUCUUAGAAACUCAAGAGUAUCAGUUUCUAAGUCAAAAUCAACUGAGAGUACUCCAACCUCCACCGCGGUAUGAACACCACAAUCAUCUAAUGCCAACAAUGCCACAUGUAGCACCAACCACAUGGUACCAGCCUGCCGAGUCAAUCCAACCUCAAAUACCAUCUUCCCUUCCACAGCCAUCGCCAUCUCCUUAUUUGGUUUAUCCACAAGACAGCUUAGGUGACUUCAACCCACAGGCUGAAAUAAACUUGAAAUGUGCUGUUUGUUGGAAAUCACAGGUAUCAUAUUUUUGCCAAACCUGUAAAAGAGCAUAUCAUAGGAGUUGUUCCUUUUUCCCAACUGAAAAAAAUCUUCGAGUGCCUCGUGUUGUACCAGUUUUAAAUUGUAUACUUUGUGAAAAUGUCGCCGCAUUGAAAAAGCCAUACAUCUUCCCGAUGACUAUACAAGAAUUGAGGGUCUGUGCUAGAAUUCUGCUUGAAAUCUUGAUAAGCAACGUUAAUCGCUUUUUCUACACAUCGCAGACAAGUGGUCCAAACAGAUUAAACGGUUUGAAAAUGAAGUUGCUCGAUCGUAUUGAAGGUUUCAGAGGUGGAGUCGAUGAAUUUGUCAAACAGCUGAAGACCCUCUUUUUGGAAUGUCAAGAGAGGCUUAAAAAAGAUAUAACAGACCAGCAAAUAGCGGUUAUUUAUGGUACAUCUGCCAACAUCAUCAGGAUUUACUUGCCAGACAGCGUAGAAGAUUUUAAAGCCUUUAGGUCCUUUCCGCAAGUUUAACGAAUUCAUGAUUUUUGCAAAUGGAGUUUUUUAUUUUUCCGUAUGUGUGUGAAUAUUUUAAUAGUACAUGUUACCAUUUCUACAGUGGUAAUGUUAGAAGCAACUUUUAUUUGUUUCAUUUUAAAAUAAAUAAUUUGUUUUAAAUAAUCACAGGAGUCAACAAAUAUUAAUAAUUACUUUUAAAAAAAGCCCUUAUUUUGUCUACCCACCUAUUGUAAUCCAACCAUUUAAUUUUUAUAUUAUGUAAUGUACAUUAUACUUAUAUCAAAAUACAUAAAAUAAUAGAAUUUA